AUGGCUCCCACUGUGUUGGCCGGUCUCUUUCCCCUGAGUGUCUGUCUCCUGCUGACAUCUGGCCCCACCGAGGCAGGCAGGCUGCUGGUGGUGCCCAUGGAUGGGAGCCACUGGUUCACCAUGAGCUCAGUGGUGGAGCAGCUGAUCCACAGAGGGCACGAGUUAGUGGUGGUCAUGCCAGAAGUGAGUUGGUAUCUGAAGAAAUCUUUGAAUUUUACAGCCAAAACCUACUCCCUCCCUUACUCUCUGGAGGAUUUGAAUCAUGAAAUGAAAAUUUUUGCUGACCAUCAAUGGAAAAUUCGGGACAAGAAUUUGAUUUCUUUAUUGACAAGCUCAUCCAGCAAAAUUUUUGAUUAUCUUUUCUCACACUGCAAGAGUGUGUUUGACGACAGGAAGCUAGUGAAAUACUUGGAAGAGACUUCUUUCGACGCGGUGUUUCUAGAUCCUUUUGAUAUGUGUGGUCUGAUUAUAGCCAAGUACCUGUCCCUUCCCUCUGUGGUCUUUACCAGGGGAGGAUUUUGCCAUUAUCAGGAUGAAGGGACGCAGUGCCCGAGUCCCCUGUCUUAUGUCCCUAGAGCACUCUUAGGUUUCUCGGAUACCAUGACUUUCUGGGAGCGAGUGCAGAAUCUCCUCUUCCACAUGGAAGAACAUUUAUUUUGCCACUAUUUACUGAAAGUGGCGGUAGAUAUUGCCUCUGAGAAUUUGCAGACCACCAUCACCCCCUAUGACCUCCACAGCCACGUGUCCAUGUGGUUGUUACGAACUGAUUUUGUGUUGGACUAUCCCAGACCCGUGAUGCCCAACAUGAUCUUCGUCGGAGGCAUCAAUUGCCAUGCGGGAAAUCCCCUGACAGAGGUAAGCCCCACGCCUGAGCAGAGAAGAAUCCGGCCAUCAGUGCUGUACUUCUCUCUCUAA